CGGGCUCCGGCGCGGGCGCGGCGGGGGCUGCGGCUUCAGGGUCUAUCUGGUAGCUGCUCCAGGAAACAUGGCCAAGUUUGUCCUGAAUCAGAACCUGCCUGACCUGGGUGGUCCCCGCCUGUGUCCCGGCCCUGCCGGGGGUGCCCGCAGCCCGAGCUCGCCCUACUCGGUGGAGACGCCUUACGGCUUCCACUUGGACCUGGACUUCCUCAAGUACGUGGAGGAGCUGGAGCGCGGCUCCACCGCCCGCCGCGCCCCGGCGCCCCCGCCCGCCCGUCGGCCCCGUGCGACCCGACCCGGCAUCGCGAGCGCGCGCAGUCCGUGCGCCUGGACGUCCAGCGAGUCUCUCGCCAGUGAGGACGGUAGCGCGCCGGGCGCGCUCUCCCCGGGAGAGCCUCCGGGGUUCCUGCUGCCGCCGCUGUCGCCGCGCGCCCUGGCGCGCAACCCGCGCGUCGAGCACACGCUCCUGGAAACCAGCCGACGGCUGGAGCUGGCGCAGGCGCAGGCGCACGAGCGCGUGCCCAGCCCCACCCGCGUGGCCUCGCGCACCCCGCUCGGGUCCGGUCGUAGCAGCCCCGCCCCUAGCCCCGCCCCCGCCACGCCCGGCCCCGGGCAACUGCAAGUGGUGCGCGAGCAGAUGGCCGUGGCGCUGCGGCGCUUGCGCGAGCUCGAGGAACAGGCGCGCGCUCUGCCCGAACUGCAGGAGCAGGUGCGCGCGCUACGAGCCGAGAAGGCGCGGCUGCUUGCCGGGCGCGCGCAGCCCGAACCCGACGGCGAGGCCGAGGCGCGUCCGGAAAAGCUCGCGCAGCUGCGACGGCUCACCGAGCGCCUGGCCGCCUCCGACCGCUGCGGCCGCGCCAGGGCCAGUCCCCGGGCCGAGGGUCUCGACGGGGCGGCCUCCAGGCGCCACGAAGGCGCGCCUCAGGUUCUCGAGGGGGCGGCUGCCAUCCCCGACGGGGUGCCCCAGACCCGGGAGGUGGGUGCGCAGGCUGUGCCGGAGACCCGGGAGGCCGGUGUGGAAGUGGCCCCCGAGACUGUCGAGGCGGACGCUUGGGUGACGGAAGCGCUGCUGGGACUGCCUGCGGCCGCCGAACGCGAGCUGGAGCUCCUGCGCUCCAGCCUGGAGCACCAGCGCGAGGUGAGCGAGCUCCUGCGGGGCCGACUGCGGGAGCUGGAGGAGGCCCGCGAGGCCGCGGAGGAGGCAGCCACAGCUGCGGCCCAACCCAAGCCAUGUGAGGCUGCCACCCAGACCCUGUGGGGUUGCACCGAGGAGGCCACGCAGACUGAACCCUUCGCGGAGUCCCCCUCCCUGAAGCAGGAGAACCAGCCCGGACCCGAGGAAGGGGACAGGGCCGUGGCCUCCACUGGCAUCCUCAAAUCCAUAAUGAAGAGAAGAGACGGUGCACCUGGCACUACCCAACCCAACCCUGGACCCAAGAGCCUGCAGUUUGUUGGAGUCCUCAACGGAGAGUAUGAGAGCUCGUCCAGCGAGGACGCCAGCGACAGCGACAGCGAAGAUGGCGCUGCCGAAGCCCCGCGGAGCAGCUCCUCGGGCUCAGGGGAGGACAGCGGCGGUGGAUCCGACUCGGGCACCCUUGCCUCUCCCAGUGGCGGGGACGCCCCGGAACCCGAAUCCGAGGCCCAGCCGGGUGCGCAGGGGAGGUGCGAACUGAGCCCGCGCUUGAGGGAGGCGUGCACGGCGCUACACCGGCAGCUGUGCGGUCCCCGCGGCAUCGCGCGCGACGGCGUGAGUGCGGAGAGCACGGUGGGCCCUUCCCAGAGGGAGUUGCGGGUCCUAUCAGAGACCUCCCCUGACGCCCUCUUAGGGGGCGCCGCGCGCCUGGUGGCCCAGGAGUGGUUCCGCGUGUCGAGCCAGCGGCGCUCUCGGGCGGCGCCGGUGGCCGCGGUGUUGGGUGCGGUGGCAGGCCUGGGCCCUGAGCUGCUGGAGCACGUGGUGAACUUGGCAGACGGCAAUGGGAACACGGCUCUGCACUAUAGCGUGUCCCAUGGAAACCUGGCCAUUUCCUGCCUGCUGCUGGAUACGGGGGUCUGUGACGUCGACCGCCAGAAUCGAGCUGGCUACUCAGCCCUCAUGCUGGCAGCACUGACCUCUGUGGGGCAGGAGGAGGACAUGGCUGUGGUCCAGAAACUCUUCUGCAUGGGUGAUGUCAAUGCCAAGGCCAGCCAGACAAAGCAGACAGCCCUCAUGCUGGCUAUCAGCCAUGGCUGUCAGGAUAUGGUGGCAGCCCUGCUGGCGUGUGGGGCCGACGUGAAUGCACAGGAUGCAGAUGGGGCCACAGCACUGAUGUGUGCCAGCGAGUAUGGACGCCUGGACACUGUCCGGUUGCUACUGGCCCAGCCUGGCUGUGACCCUGCCAUCCUGGACAAUGAGGGCACCAGUGCCCUGGCCAUCGCCCUGGAGGCAGAGCAGGAUGAGGUGGCUGCCCUGUUACAUGCCCACCUGAGCUCAGGCCAGGCUGGUCUGGUGAGUACAGUCUCAACCCCAGGAAACAAAGACUCAAGCACUUGGUGGGGUGGGCACCAAGUGUGCUCCAGGAAGGCCUCCUUUCAUGCUUCCCCAGGGGAGCACCAGGGGUGGGAACUUGUGCCUGGAUGAUCCUAGGAGGCUGAGGCCAUGUUUAUUCUCCAAAAUGCCAAUGAGAUAAGACAUCUCCUGCUCUACAGGUCAUGACACGGAGACCUCAAAAGGGGAAGUGACCUGGCUAAGGUCACACAGGGUGGGGCUGAGGAAGACUUAGAUCUGUUAUGUCACAUCCCUGGGAGACUAGUUUCAAAAGAAAAUGGGGACCUUUGGCAUUAGGUAGGGUGGGGGAAGAUGGUGCAGGUUCCUGGGAAGUCAGCUUCAGGACUGGAGAAUGGAUGAGUAUGGCAGCAGCAGGGAGGGGAAGGGCAGGCCCGGGAACAGAACACACAUGGGUUUGAGCCCGAGGUAAAGGCUUUAUUUAAAUGACAAGCUCCAGAUUUUGUUCUAUACACUUUCAUAAUCAGACUCAUCCCACCAGCUCAAUUACUCUUAUACUAGUCCCACUUUUGAGAUGCAGAAACUGAGACAGAGGGCAAGGGCAGAGAUGGGAUUCAAACCCAGGCAGGCUGACUCUACCAUAAGGGAUGGGGGUUCCUCCUUAGGAGGACUGAGGUGGAAAGGGGCAAGCCGGAUACUGUCCGAGGGGGCUAGCUGUCCCCCCUCCAGCCUCCUGCAGGAACAAGACUAACAGGGAGCCCACCCAC